UGUUUCAAAUGAUUGCUAUAGAACUUCGUCUCUAAGGAUGAUUCACGAAGCGUGAUGUACCGGAACUCGAUCUGUGAAAUUUUUCUCAAGCAACCAACUUAAAACUCUUCAAAUUGAUUCUUCCACAUAUAACAAGUAUGUGAGUAAUAUUUGCGGUAGAUUCGAGCGGAAUAUCACGACAGAUUGGCGUUAAUCACAUCCGCAAUUCCACGUUCUGUGCAGCAGAGUCUAGUAUAUGAGUCGUUUGGUAACCAUUUAAACGAGAUUAAUUAAAUGGAAUUUGUGUCAUUUAAGUGAUUAUGAAACGAAAGAGCUUGCUCAUUAACUCGUAUAAUUAAUCUGCAUUUCGUGACAUUUCUGACAGAUUUAUUCGUGUUAUUUUUAACGGACUCUAUUACACUUUCUAAUGAAACAAUUUGCAAUGGAACGUUUUGCAAAAUUUGCUCCUCCUCGUCCCCUCCUCCUCUCCCGACAAUUCCGACAAUUACGUUUCGAAUUAAUCAGAUACAGCUUAUUCCUACGAUUGCAAUGAAACGCACAAAAGAGGAAGAAAAAAAGAGAAAGGGAAGAAGACAAAAUGAGCCGACAAUGAGAUCUCUGGUAUUUGUAACAAGGGUAUGAGGAACGAUCUGUGCUACGCCAAUUGCGUUGAAAGACUACCAGGUGCGAGCUAACUUGGUUUCAGCUAUGGAAAAUCAAGGUUAUCACCACCAGGCUGUCUCAACUCAUCAAUCUUUCUGGAAGAAAAACACACGGGCUGUACCAGGAAGGCCAAGCCUGAAACAAGAUGUUAGGCAUGGCAAGUUCAAUUCCACGACGAUUGGAUCUGGCAAUCUGACUAGCACUGCUAACAGCAGUAGCAGCACAGGUGGAAGUGGAGGUUCCACUUCCUUUCAGGACUUUCAGGAAAGUGUGGACGACGCAUGGGAUUCGGGAGAUGAUGAAUUCUGUACAGUCUCGGAUGUGAAAAUAUCAAAGAGGGUUAGCCACUCAGCAGCUCUCAGCGUCAUCAACAGUCAUAGAUUUGGCAAUAAGUGUUUACAGCUAUCUCAAACAAAUGCUAAGGUGACUCAACAAGAAAUUAUACCAGAAGGGAAAAAAGUGGAGGCCCUUCAAAGGCUGGCAGUGCAGCCAUUACAUUUGCGUAACGUGAAUUUGCACUCACAAGUGAUUAAUAGCCAGCAUCCCAAUGAAGAUACGGAUUUGAAACACAGUGUGUCUCCUCAGCACAAGCCGACACAGUUUCCCGGUAGACCACAGCCUUUGAGGCAAGCUAAUGCUCCGAAUAAAUUUUUUAUACCCUCGAAGGAGCAGGAUGGCGAAAGUAAAGUGGAUAAAUUUCAAUUACUUUUGGAAGCAUCCGUACUAAAUUUAGAUGAAUUGCGGCAGCUAUCAUGGUCGGGUGUACCUGCCAAAUUGCGUUCCGUCACUUGGCGGUUGUUGUCUGAAUAUUUGCCGGCCAAUCUGGAACGUAGACAACUUGCAUUGGAACGCAAACGACUGGACUAUUGGAACUUGGUGAAGCAAUAUUACGACGUCGAACGGGACGAGGGCUUUCAGGACACGUAUCGCCAAAUUCAUAUCGAUAUUCCUAGAAUGUCGCCGCUUAUCUCGCUAUUCCAGCAGACAACAGUGCAAUUGAUAUUUGAAAGAAUAUUAUAUAUUUGGGCGAUCAGGCAUCCGGCGUCUGGUUAUGUUCAGGGUAUGAAUGAUCUUGUGACACCUUUUUUCUUGGUCUUUCUACAAGAGGCGGUGCCGAUCCAGGCCUGGCAAGAUUUGGAAAAUUAUGACGUCGCGUCAUUAUCAAAAGAGCAGCGCGACAUUAUUGAGGCGGAUAGCUUUUGGUGCCUAUCAAAAUUCUUAGACGGUAUACAAGAUAACUAUAUAUUUGCUCAAUUGGGAAUCCAACAUAAAGUGAACCAAUUGAAGGAGUUGAUACAGAGAAUUGAUGCGCCAUUGCAUCAACAUUUGCAUCAGCAUGGAGUGGAUUAUCUACAAUUUUCUUUUCGAUGGAUGAACAACCUGUUAACAAGGGAAAUCCCGCUUCAUUGCACCAUCCGAUUGUGGGACACAUAUUUGGCAGAAUCCGACAGAUUUGCUUCGUUUCAACUUUAUGUAUGCGCGGCCUUCCUUCUCCGUUGGAGGCGACACUUACUCUUGCAACCUGAUUUUCAAGGGCUGAUGUUAAUGCUACAAAACCUGCCCACGCAAAAUUGGACAGAUUCGGAAAUAGGCGUGUUGGUGGCUGAGGCGUACAAAUUAAAAUUCACGUUUGCCGACGCACCGAAUCACCUGCAAGCUCACGACACGACGACCAGGUGACCACUUUUUGACGGAUUGGGUUAAUGUUAUUAAUAGUGGCCAAACCGAGAUGCCAAGCGAUUAUCAUCUUAUCGCCGGAUCUCCUCUUCCGUCUCACUGUCACUAUGUACAAUGUGACGUUCAGUCUUAUCAUGGCCAUACUGAAAGUUUUCAAAACACGCAGUCUCCUACAUUUCGUUCCCGCGUCGACUAUUAAGUUUCCUCGAUUAUUUUACACGUUAUAGAGUUUAUCCUUUUGUUACAUUGAAGGACUUUGCAGAAGGAGAUAUUUAGAUAUACUCGCCAUAAUUGCGCUCCAAAAUAAAAUGUAAAUGCGAUUCAAGACGCGAAGAAUGUAACGCGAAUCAAUUGCCAUUUCCCGGUUUGCUAUAAAUUUUUAUUAUAUAUAUAUAAUAAGUCACAUUAUAUACAAAUAAUAUAUAUAUAUAUAUAUAGAGACAGGAAAGUUUUUAUAUAUCAAACCUGUGUUGUGCUUUUGCAUGGUAAUUAUGCCAUUUUUACCAGCCUUACAUAUAUUCCUGUUCAUAUCCCAUCAAUGAUCAUGAAUUUAGUUUUAAAUUAACAAUUACGCCUUAAUGUUUAAUACUCGAAUGAUAUUCUAUUUUACUUUAUAAUGUAAUUAUACAAUUUAUUUUGAUAUAUUUUAGAUAUUAAAAUAUUCGCCGUAUACAUAUCACGAAUAUAUUUUGUAAUUGUGAUUUAUGAAAGAAUUGCGGAAAUGAAUCAUAAUAGAAAUAAUCGUAAAA